AUGACCACUAAUGUUACUUUCAUUUUUUCCUUUUCACAGCCAAGGUUAAGUGGAAAUCCUGGAAUGACAAUGGACUGGCAAGGUGCUCCUGCAAGCCCUAGUUCAUUUACUGUAAAGAGGAUUUUGCGUUUGGAAAUUCCAGUGGACACAUAUCCGAAUUUCAAUUUUGUUGGACGACUUCUUGGACCGAGAGGCAAUUCUCUGAAGCGGGUAGAAGCUACUACAGGAUGUCGUGUGUAUAUCAGAGGAAAGGGGUCAAUUAAAGAUCCAGAGAAGGAAGAGAAACUCCGAGGAAGACUUGGUUAUGAACAUCUGAACGAACCACUACAUGUCCUAAUUGAGGCUGAUUUACCAGCUAAUAUCAUUGAUAUCAGGCUGAGACAGGCACAAGAAAUUAUAGAAGAACUACUUAAACCCGUGAUAAUUGAAGUCAUAUCGGGUUGAAAGCUAAGCGAUUGUGUAGAGAUUGCCAAGCGACCGUUGAAAAUUGAAGACUGAGAAGA